AUGCGUUCCCACUGGGAUAAACUAAACCCUCGGGAGAUCCGCCACCUGGACUACAUCUCCCAUUUCACCAUUGACAUCCGCCACAUUGAUGGCACGAAGAAUGAGGUGGCUGACGCACUGUCCAGGCCCUCUAUCGCCCACCUUCAGCUUUCAUCUGGGAUCGACCUCAAUGAGAUGGCCGCUGAACAACGCCGUGUCGAUGCACCCUGUGAUGAGGAUGUUUCCGGACUCCAACUUCAGGAAGUACUACUGACAACUGGCAACGGCACCAUUUUAUGCGACGUAUCCACCCCUUCUCAUCGUUCAUUUGUGCCACCAUCCCUCCGCCGCAAAGUUUUCUACUCCCUGCACAAUCUCUCUCACCCCGGGAGUCCAGCAACCGACAAGCUGGUUUCCGACCGCUUCGUCUGGUCUGGAAUGCACAAGGACCUGGACGCAUGGACACGGGCGUGUCUCGGCUGUCAACGGAAUAAGGUCCAACGGCACAACAACGCUCCAAUUGGCACCUUCCCUACUCCCUUUCAUCAACCACCAACACUGUAUCCGCGAGCUAUACUCACUCUAGCCCUGUGCCCCCUGUAUAUAUCACCCGUAGUGGACGGCAUGUUCAUUUUCCUGAUCCUUUGUCUACUCAUGUUUUAUAGACAUCAACAAUUCAUUCUGCGUCGCUACUCGCCACCUUCGGGCCAACCGGGGGAUACUGUGGCAGUUCGCGUCUCCUUGCCCCCACCAGCCUUUGUCACGCUGCUUUACUGUCCGCUUCACACUCCUUGUCUAUACGCCGUUGGGAGGCGCGGGGCUUGUCAAUAA